ACAUUUAAAUUACGUACUACCAAAAAAAUCAAAAAAAAAAAACCAACAGACAUCAUGGCAGCCACAACAACAGCGAACAAAUCACCGCAGCAACAUGAACAGCAGCAACAUAGACGGCAGCAACAUCUUCAGUGGAGCGCCUGCAUUUUGAUAGUCGUGUUCGGACUGUUUUCGAUGCUGGCAGGGAACUGUGUCAAUGGGCAAAUCGAUGGAUAUACUGCUGGUGAGGAUUACCCUGCCUACGAUGCCGUGCCCAAGGGUCUGGCCUUCAAUUGCCAGGGCCGCCAGCCGGGUUACUAUGCCGAUACAGAGACGCGUUGUCAGGUCUGGCAUUGGUGCCUCCACUCUGGCCACCAGUACUCCUUCCUCUGCCCGAAUGGAACCGUUUUCAACCAAGCCGUGAGGGUCUGCGACUGGUGGUCGAAUGUGAACUGCGAGGGCUCGGAGCAACUCUACCAGAACAACGACGAAUUAUAUCGCAUCCCAGAGCGCCAGCAGCAGCAGAAUGAAGUAUGAUAUGAGGCCGAUGAUGAGUAUAAGAUUGGGACAGCAAACGGAACCAGACAGCGCGGCGGAAGACAGCGGCAAUUUCAAAAGCAACAGCAACAGCAGCAGCUGCAGCAGCAGCAACAACAUCAACAACUAAACAGCAACAUCAGCGGAAUCAAUAGCAACAAUAGAAUCGUAGAUAGCAGCGACUACAGUAAAAUGACCAAAAAUAGCUUUAGAGGUAGCAUGAGAUUUACCACACCAAGUACCAAUCCUCAAUCGUCAUACUCAUCAUCACAGCAGCAGCAGCAACAGCAAAAUCAGCAUCAGCAACAGAAGCAACAUAAUUCUAGUAAAAAUAGCGAAAGAAAAUCAAAGCCUAGUAGAGUUAACCAUAGAGAUAGGGAAAGCAACCAAACUAGAUCUAGGAAUCGCACUCACAAUACCCAUCAACCCGGCAAUAAAAACAACAACAACAGCUCACGAGGCAAACAGCGAUAUAAUACAAAUAAAUUCGAAAAUGAUGCAGAGCUCAAGGAUUACAAGAGCAAGAUCAAGAACAAAUACAAUAUCGAUUAUGAUCAUUCUUUGGAUGAAGAAUAUGAAAUAAUCGAGGCCAUCGAAUGAGUUUAACUAGCUUAGUACUCGUUGUUCUUGUUGUUGUUGUCGUCACAAAACCCCCAUGAAUUGGCGCUUCUUUCCCCCCCAAAAGUUUUGAAUGUUCCCCUAAAAUUAUCCGUUGUAUAUAUGUUAAAGAAAAACACAUUCCUUUCAUUGUUAAAUAUACACACCACCUUUCAUCUUC